AUGAUCAACGACAGGACCACCAACAAGGUUGAAAUUGGAAAAAAGAGGAAAUUUGAGGAGUCUUCGAGGCCCAACAAAAGCAACAUGUUCUCGAAGUCUAGCAAAAAAGGAAGUAAGGAGAAAUGGUGCGGGAAAUGCAAAAAGAAAAACCCUGGGAAUUGUGGCGAGGAGGUGACAUGUUUUAAGUUUGGAAAGCAUGGGCAUUACGCCAACGAAUGUACAUUCAUCGAAAGGGUAUGUUACGAAUGUAAUGAGGCGGGGCACUUCAAGCAGGAUUGUCGAAAGAGGGAAGAAGAUACGAAGCCAAAGGUACCGCUGAAGAAUUAUGAGAGAUGCGACGAAGAGGUGACUUGCUACAUGUGUGGAAAGAAAGGCCUUUACGCCAACAAGUGCACAUCCGCCAAGAAGGUAUGCUACGGAUGUAAUGAAGAAAGGCACUUUUCUAGAGAUUUCCCAAAGAAGAAUGAACCAGCAAAGCCAAAGGCAUUCCACAUGAUCCUCGAUGAAGCAGAAAUCAAACGCGAGGAUUAA